AUGACUCAAUCUUGGGUAGACAGAAUAAAGCCAUUGAAGUCACAAUCAAUACUAUCACAAGCGAUAACAACAACGACAGCAAUAAUAAAUGAUGAUAAGCCUCAAGCAAUAGCUAAACAACAUCUACGUUAUAAUUGUCAAGAACUUUUACGUAUUCGUGAUAUUUUGGCACUAUUUUCAAUUCCAAAGAAUCUUCCCAAUCUUCCUAUUAUUAUUCAUCGAUGUGAUGAUAAUAAUGCGCGUUAUUUAUGUGCUGACAAGAAUAGUCAAAGACAUAUAACUUCUUCAUGUCCUCGGCAAUUAUCACCCAAUAAUCAUCGAUCAUUAAAAGAGGAUCAAACUAGUCAAAAUUUAACAAGAGAUUGA